AGGGAGAACUGGUGGGCGGUCCUUCCUGUGACACGACCCUUGAGUGACAGUUCUAUUUGAUUGCCUCCAGUACUGUGAGGAAAGGACACGACUCUAUGGUGAGGACUGAUGGACAUACAUUAUCUGAGAAAAGAAACUACCAGGUGACAAACAGCAUGUUUGGUGCUUCAAGAAAGAAGUUUGUAGAGGGGGUCGACAGUGACUACCAUGACGAAAACAUGUACUACAGCCAGUCUUCUAUGUUUCCACAUCGGUCAGAAAAAGAUAUGCUGGCAUCACCAUCUACAUCAGGUCAGCUGUCUCAGUUUGGGGCAAGUUUAUACGGGCAACAAAGUGCACUAGGCCUUCCAAUGAGGGGGAUGAGCAACAAUACCCCUCAGUUAAAUCGCAGCUUAUCACAAGGCACUCAGUUACCGAGCCACGUCACGCCAACAACAGGGGUACCAACAAUGUCACUUCACACGCCUCCAUCUCCAAGCAGGGGUAUUUUGCCUAUGAAUCCUAGGAAUAUGAUGAACCACUCCCAGGUUGGUCAGGGCAUUGGAAUUCCUAGCAGGACAAAUAGCAUGAGCAGUUCAGGGUUAGGUAGCCCCAGCAGAAGCUCGCCAAGCAUAAUAUGUAUGCCAAAGCAGCAGCCUUCUCGACAGCCUUUUACUGUGAACAGUAUGUCUGGAUUUGGAAUGAACAGGAAUCAGGCAUUUGGAAUGAAUAACUCCUUAUCAAGUAACAUUUUUAAUGGAACAGAUGGAAGUGAAAAUGUGACAGGAUUGGACCUUUCAGAUUUUCCAGCAUUAGCAGACCGAAACAGAAGGGAAGGAAGUGGUAACCCAACUCCAUUAAUAAACCCCUUGGCUGGAAGAGCUCCUUAUGUUGGAAUGGUAACAAAACCAGCAAAUGAGCAAUCCCAGGACUUCUCAAUACAUAACGAAGACUUUCCAGCAUUACCUGGUUCCAGUUAUAAAGAUCCAACAUCAAGUAAUGAUGACAGUAAAUCUAAUUUGAAUACAUCUGGCAAGACAAGUUCAAGUACAGAUGGACCCAAAUUCCCUGGAGAUAAAAGUUCAACAACACAAAAUAACAACCAGCAGAAAAAAGGGAUCCAGGUGUUACCUGAUGGUCGGGUUACUAACAUUCCUCAAGGUAUGGUGACGGACCAAUUUGGAAUGAUUGGCCUGUUAACAUUUAUCAGGGCAGCAGAGACAGACCCAGGAAUGGUACAUCUUGCAUUAGGAAGUGACUUAACAACAUUAGGCCUCAAUCUGAACUCUCCUGAAAAUCUCUACCCCAAAUUUGCAUCACCCUGGGCAUCUUCACCUUGUCGACCUCAAGACAUAGACUUCCAUGUUCCAUCUGAAUACUUAACGAACAUUCACAUUAGGGAUAAGCUGGCGGCAAUAAAACUCGGUCGAUACGGAGAAGAUCUUCUCUUCUAUCUCUAUUACAUGAAUGGAGGAGACGUAUUACAACUUUUAGCUGCAGUAGAGCUUUUUAACCGUGAUUGGAGAUACCACAAAGAAGAACGAGUAUGGAUUACCAGGGCACCAGGCAUGGAGCCAACAAUGAAAACCAAUACAUAUGAGAGGGGAACAUAUUACUUCUUUGACUGUCUUAACUGGAGGAAAGUAGCUAAGGAGUUCCAUCUGGAAUAUGACAAAUUAGAAGAACGGCCUCACCUGCCAUCCACCUUCAACUACAACCCUGCUCAGCAAGCCUUCUAAAAAAAAAGACUUCCCUUUUCUUGGGGUAUGGCUGUCUCAGCACAAUACUCAACAUAACUGCAGAACUGAUGUGGCUCAGGCACCCUGGUUUUAAUUCCUUGAGGAUCUGGCAAUUGGCUUACGCAAAGGGUCACCAUUUGAGGUCCUGCCUUACUAAUUAUGUGCUGCCCAACAACUAAAUUUGUCAUUUGUUUUUCUCUAGUUCGAGCAGGGUCUGAAUUUUUUCAUUUAUUUUCUUUUUUUGCCAGCAAACAGACUUGGGUCUGUAAAAACAAGCAAGUACACUGACAGAAGUUUACCAUUUAGUUUUGAAAAUGUAAAAAAGAAAACCCACAAGAGACUCAACAAAAUUAGACCACAAAAUUUGCAUUGUUCAUUGUAGCACUAUUGGUAAUAAAAUAACAAAUGUUUGUGCAUUUUUAUGUGAAGAUCCUUCUCGUAUUUCAUUUGGAAAGAUGAGCAAGGUCUGCUUCCUUCAUUUUACUUCCCCUUCUGUUUUUGAAAGGCAGUUUCGCCAAGCUUAACGCAAGAGUAUCUGACUGUUUAGAAGAAAGAUAUUGCCACAACCUCUGGUUGGUUUCCAGGGUUGUGUUAUUACUGAGCUUCAUCUUUCCAGAAUGAGCAAAACACUGUCCAGUCUUUGUUACGAUUUUGUAAUAAAUGUGUACAUUUUUUUUAAAUUUUUGGACAUCACAUGAAUAAAGGUAUGUAUGUA